AUGGAAAAGCCUACGGAUGAUUUACCUACUCCUUUGGACACCAAAGACCAUGCGGCGUUUAAAUCCUUGGACCUAUCAAGUGACGGGCUACGGACAAAAGACGGCGUUGUCUUAGUUCCUCAACCAUCCCAGGAUCCUGAAGACCCAUUGAAUUGGGCCAGAAGUCGAAAGUUGAGAAACCUGACUAUCCUCUGUAUGGCAGGGUUCGCAGGGACCGCACUAGAUCUGGCGAACCAACUCGCUAUGAAGGACCAGGCGAAAAGUUGGGAUAAGGAACUUAUAGAAAUUACUUACACCAUUUCUGCCUCGAUCGCAGGUAUUGCCUAUGGGCCAUUGCUGAUUAACCCGGUGGCGCAAGCAUUUGGUCGCACUGCUAUCAUAUUCUGGUGCCUGGUGUUUGCGAUGGCGUGUGCUAUAUGGUCAGCUUGCAUGACAAGCAAAGGCGACUAUGAGCGUUUUGUUGCAUCGCGUCUGUUUGACGGUAUAUUCGGAUCAAUCCCCUCCAUCGUUGGCGUGGGAGCCGUGUAUGACAUGUUUUUCUUGCAUGAGCGUGGCAAGGCAUAUGCCAUCUUUCAUGUCUCCUUCCUGUUUGGCACGGUUGCGGGUCCAACCUUUGGGGGGUUCAUCGUCCAACAUACGAACUGGCCCUGGGUGUUCUGGUGGAUCGUGAUCGCGCAGGGACUUGUUCUCAUCCUUGCAUUCUUUUUCUUGGAAGAGACCAGCUACCCUCGUGACGGGAAGAUGUUACCAGUUGUCAUGCCUAAGAGCUUCUGGGCAAAGCGAAUGGGCACACUGCUUCCUCAUAAGAUGGGAAUUUCCCGCGCAGAACUGGGUCGCAUCGCUUGGCUACCCUUCCGGAUUGGUCUCUCGCCCGUUGGUCUGCUUAUUGGCAUCUUCCAACUAGCAUCUUUUGGCUGGUUCGUCGCAACGCACAGCCUCUUGACUGUCUGGCUGGAGAAACCUGUCUCCGUCGGCGGAUGGGGAUUUAGUCCCCAGCGGAACGCCUUCUUCAUCUUCUCCCUCUGGGUCGGCCUUCUGACAGCCGAACUAUGGGGCUACCUCUGUAACGACCGCAUCGCUCUAUGGAUCUGCUGCACGCGCGAGAAGGGUGUAUGGAAGCCUGAGUGUCGGCUACAUGCCCUCUGGGUCCCAUCCCUCAUUAUUCUCCCCAUCGGCCUCGGCAUUGUCGGAUCUGCUCUGCAAUACCAUCUCCACUACAUGAUCCUCGCCCUAGGUGCCUACCUCAUCACCUUCGCCUCGAUGAGCUCUGUCCCAAUCGCUGUAACUUACAUGAUCGAAUGUGUCGCCUCGCAGCCCACCGAGGUGGGUGCGUUCAUGGGUGCUUACCGUCUUACGCUGGGGUUGGUCGUGCCGUUCUUCAUCGAUCAGUGGGUGGCACAGGUGGGCUUCGGUUGGGUAUAUGGGAUGAUGGCUUUCUUUUCGAUUUUUGCUUUUGGGUUCGUGGUUAUGUUGAUGCUGUUUGGUGAUAGGUUAAGGGAGCGGACGUUGGCCAAAUUGGCUCCUAGUGAAAUUGGGGCCAAGGUUAUAUAUACCAGCGAUGAGGAGGGACGUUAA